AUGCAUCAUAAACAUACCUAUACAAUGUUCUUUGUUGUGCUUUAUAUGUUUAAUAUUAUACAAGCCACUCAUUUUCGUGGUUCUAUGAUAUCUUGGCGUAUAAUCAAUGAAUCAUCUUCAACUGUUCUUGUUGAAAUUCUUCAACGUCAUGCUUGGCGAUAUGACGCUUAUACUCCACUUUGUACUGGAACAACUAUUGCAAAUGGACAGCCUACUUUAGGCGCUAGUAGUUAUAAUAUUAUUUGUGUGAGUAAUUGUCCAACAGGCUUAACAACACUUGGAAGCGUUCUAGUUCCUUGUACUGGUUAUAACAUUGGUGAACAAUAUGCAAUGGGUGAAGGACGUUUUACUUUAAAUAUUCGACGAAAUUCCAGUUUUGUAGCCACGUUUAAUAACUCGGCUUGGUUUAAUCUUGUUACAGGAGUCAAUUUGGCAUGGAGUGUUGCUGUUCAAAUUCAAACCUAUAAAAGAGUCGAUACUGGAUGGUAUAACAAUGCACCUAUUAUUACUAUGUUACCAAUCUAUCGAUUAAGAAAUAAAAUCAGCUAUUCUAUCAAAAUUAACGUCGCUGAUAAUGAUUUUGAUCCAUAUAUUUGUCUUUGGUGUAAAGGUUCUAUACAAUGUGGUGGACUUAGUAAUAGUGUACCUGGUGGUAUUAUUGAUAAUUAUGGAUGUUAUUUAAACUUUACACCAAAUACUACUGGAUAUUAUGCAGCUGCUUUGACAAUAGAGGACUUCGUGAUACUACCAAUCAAUAUAUCAUCAACUAGUUAUCUUUCACAAGUACCUAUUCAAUUCGUAUUUCAUGUUUACGAUUCUUCAUAUCCUUGUGUUACUGGACCAAUCUAUAUAGGCGAUCUCGUACCAGACAUUUGUAUCUAUCUGUCAGUAGGUGCCACUUAUACUACUCGUGUUCGUUUUGAAGUUCAAUGUACUAAUGCCACUGUUCAAAGUAUAAUUAGUGUUAAUCCAACUGGUUUAUUAACAACAUCUAUUCAACAAGAUCCAUUUGAUCGUAAGAUCUUUGCUUUUCUUGCUAAUUUUACAUCAAAUGCUCAGCAAGUAGGACAAAAUCUCUUUUGUUUCUCUGCUGUUGAUUCUAUUGGAAAUCAAGGAGAUUCAACUUGUCUUCGUUUUGCUGUAUCAUCACAAACAUCUAGUCUUCAACCAUUAUAUAGAUUGAAUGCUACUCGAUAUCCAAUGGGAACAGUCUCGAAAACAACAUCAAUAUGGACUAUUUUAACUGGAACAAGAGUUUAUCAACGUCCAACAACUGAAACAUAUAUUCGAUUCAAACGAACAUCAGAUAGUGUCGAUUUUUAUGCAUUAAAUGCUAUGACUGCAACUGCCAAUGUUUUUUAUUUAAAUGAUCGUAUAGUGAUAAAUUCAACAGUUGUAUGGACUCCAGGUACCCAUUUUUAUAUUUAUUUUGAUGCUGGUGUAUUGGCAGAAGCCAAUACAUGUUCGAAAGAAGCGAUGCCAAUUAGUGAUCCAAACUUUUGGCCAUUUGAUAUACCAUAUGAGACGACAACAACAAGCACAAGUUCAACAAUAACAACAUCUAUAUCAACAACAACGACAGCACGAACAAUACCAACACAUCGAACCCUCGGCACAUCAACUACAACUACAUCAACAACCACCUCAACAAAAACAGCAACAAAAACAAUAUCCGCAACAACGACGUCAACCAGAACUGUUCGUUUGACAAAUUCAAUUCCUAUAAGUGCUAUUGUUGGUAUUACUCUUACAUGCCUUUUCAUCUGUGCAUUAUUGAUAUGGAUCAUUGGUUCAAUUAUUCGUGUUGUUUUGAUUCGUCUCCUUCUUCUCAAAUAUGGUCUUCGUCAACAAAUACUCAGUAUUGAUUCAUUAUCAACUCCUGAUUUAUUUUACGAUUUAACUAAGAAUGAUCAUAUUACAUCAACAGUUCAAUAUAAACUAGCAACACGUCAUCGUCGACAACAAAGUAUAAGCGAAUAUUCGACUUUUAGUAAUGCAACUUCCAUCCAAAAUAAUUUAAUUCAAGUACAGAAAAGUCUCAAAAAAAGAAAACAAAUAUUAUCAUUAAAUUUUAAUUUGAAAUCGAGUAAUUUAAAAGAACAGACUACAAUGCCAUUCAAAACCUUUUUGACUAAUAAACGUAAUUUACAAAGAUUUCGUCUUAAUGGUCUUGUACCAUCAUCACAUUUGCCACAUAAAAGAGAAUUAUGUCAAGAAUUUUGUGAUCAUAGAAUCUAUGGAGCUCAACAACUUCCACCAAAAGUUGAUCUUCGACCCUAUAUGACACCCGUUGAAGAUCAAUCAAAAACUGGCAGUUGUGCGGCUAAUUGUCUUGCUGGAGCUUAUGAAUAUUUAACUAAAAAAGCUAAUGGUCGUGAUACAGAUAUUAGUCGUUUAUUUAUUUAUUAUAAUGCUCGUGUAAAAGAUCAAAAAGCAGAAAAAGUUAUAGAUUCAGGUUGUACAAUGACAAGUGCUAUUGAAGCAUUAGAAGAAUUUGGUACUUGUCUUGAAUCAAUUUGGCCAUAUGAUAUAUCCCGAGUGAAUACACGACCAACUAAUCAAGCUUAUAGAGAAGCUAGAAAUCAUAAAAUUACAGAAGCAUUUCGAAUUAAUGUUAAUUUAUCCGAAAUGAAAUCUUGUCUUGCACAAGGUUUUCCAUUUGCAUUUGGUUUGAGAUUAUACGCUUCAUUUGAUAAAGCAGCUACAACAGGUGUUGUACCAAUACCAAAAGUCGGGGAAAGUAGACGAAAAACCGAUGCAAGUCAUGCAUUAUUAGCUGUUGGUUAUAGUGAUCAAUCAAAAGCAUUUAUUGUACGAAAUUCAUGGGGAGCACAUUGGGGUGAUAAUGGAUAUUGCUUUAUGCCGUAUGAAUAUGUAACAAAUCCUAGUUUAUGUUUUGAUGUGUGGACUAUUCAUAAAUUAGCUACAGAUGACUUUGGUCGAGCACAUUGGGAUAUUUAUGAUAUGACUAAUUAUGUACUUGCUGGUAGAAGUAAUGAUGUUAAUAAUGGUUUUGAUGACAAUGAUCAUGUUAUUGAAACUUUUGAUGAAAAUGAUAAAUUUAAUGAUUAUGAUGAUGAUGAUAAUAAUUCUGAUUAUGAUCGACAAGGUGGCUUUAAUUACCCUUGGAAUCAAUAUCAAGAUUAUGGAGGAAAUAACUAUUGGCAAAACAAUAUUGUUGACAGAUAUCAAGAACCAUUCAGAGGAUAUCCCGGUAGUGAAAAUUUUCCUCAUUCACCUUUUGAUUACUUUCGAGAAGACAAUAAUAUUAAUGCUCAUGGUGGUUAUCCAGGUUUUGAUCGAUUUAUGAAUAAUAGUCCAAAUUUUUUUAAUAAUCAAUUUAUUCCGCCGCCCCCAUAUCCUCCACAUCAACCAUAUGGACAAAGUUAUGGUUAUGAUGGCCCGUUUAAUAAUUAUUUUAAUCCCUAUUUUUGA